AUGAAUAGUGCCGAGAACGGGUCACAGCCCGACGGUGUGAAUGGAGUCAAUGAGACUCACGAACCCAUCGCGAUUAUCGGUUACGCCUGUCGUCUCUCCGGUCAGGUCUCCUCCCCCGGCGACUUAUGGGAGUUAUGCACACGCGGUCGCAGUGGAUGGUCUCCCAUUCCCAAAGACCGUUUCGACUCCGGUGCCUACCAUCAUCCUAAUCCAUCCAAGUCGGGCACCACAAACCCCAUCGGGGGUUACUUUCUCGACGAGGAUGUCUCCCGAUUCGACGCCCCCUUCUUCAAUGUCACCGUUCAGGAGGCCAUUUCCAUGGACCCCCAGCAGCGAUUGCUUUUAGAAACCUCAUACGAAGCUUUGGAGAGUGCUGGCAUUCCCAAAGAAUCCCUUGCCGGUCGUAAUGUCGGUGUCUUCAUCGGUGGCAACUUCGCCGAUUACGAGCUGCGCAACUUGCGCGAUAUUGAAACUGCUCCAAUAUACCAGGCCACUGGCAAUGCGCCGUCCCUCCAAUCAAACAGAAUUUCAUAUUUCUUCGAUUUGUCGGGUCCGAGUUUGACCGUCGACACAGCCUGCUCCUCCUCGCUCGUGGCUCUUCACUAUGCUGUACAGAGCUUGCGCAGUGGUGAAUCAAAAGAGGCGCUUGUCGGAGGUUGCAGAUUGAACCUUCUCCCUGAUUAUUUUGUUUCCAUGUCCAUGUCACAGGCGAAAUCCGGCUUCGCGCGAGGCGAGGGUGCUGGUGUUGUUCUUCUCAAACCCCUCUCGGCUGCGCUCCGCGAUAAGGAUCCGAUUCGGGCUAUAAUUGCCAAUUCGGGUGUCAACCAAGAUGGAAGGACAAAGGGUAUCACGUUGCCGAACGAGAAGGCGCAAGAGAACUUGAUCCGCCGCGUUUAUGCUGAGGCCAAUUUGAACCCCGACGAGUGUGGUUUUGCUGAAAUGCACGGUACUGGUACGAAGGCCGGAGAUCCUAUUGAAGCCGGUGCGGUUCACGCAGCCUUGGGCCAAAACCGGACAGCCAGAAACCCCCUCUAUAUUGGAUCCGUCAAGUCCAAUAUCGGCCAUUUGGAAGGUGCAAGCGGUAUUGCAUCAAUCAUUAAAGCAGCUAUGAUCCUGGAUAACGGAUUGUUGCUUCCAAAUGCCGACUUCAAGAAACCGAACCCUAAUAUCCCUCUCAAUGAAUGGCACAUGAAGGUCGUCAACUCCACGCGACCCUGGCCUCGAGGCAAGAAAUAUAUCAGUGUCUCGAACUAUGGCUUUGGAGGUGCCAAUGCCCACGUCGUGAUGCAGAAGCCUCCUGCGCCAUCUCAAGCCGCGGACGACGCCGAGGCUGACGGAGACCCCAAGCGUCGCCUGUUCCUCAUUUCAGCAAACGAUAAAGACUCGCUCAAGACUAGAAUUCAUGAUUUCGGCGUUUAUUUCGAACAAAGACCGGAGGUGUUUGAGAACUCUCUUUUCGGAAACUUUGCCUACACUCUCGGAAGCAAAUUGUCGCAGCUUUCAUACCGCGUUGCCGUCUCGGCGACAUCACUUGAUGAGCUUGGUAUCCGCUUGGCUCAGUUGAAGGUCAACCCAGUUCGAGUACUGGGUGCGCCUACCGUUGCAUUUGUCUUCACUGGACAAGGAGCCCAAUGGGCCCAGAUGGGUAUCCCGCUUAUGGCCGACUACCCAGUGUUCAAGUCUGCUAUUUUGCGAGCCGACGAAUGCCUGCGCAAACUUGCACUCCAGGUUGCACUGACUGAUCUGCUGCGGUCUUGGGGCAUUCUACCCUCCUCGGUUGUCGGACACAGCUCUGGAGAGAUCGGUGCUGCGUAUGCUGCUGGUAUCUAUGACCUUGAGGGUGCGAUGGCCCUUUCAUACCGCCGUGGUCAAAUGACGCAGCUCCUUAAGAAGACAUUCCCGCUGCUAAAGGGCACGAUGAUUGCCAUCGGUGCUGGACCCGAGGCCGUCAAGCCGAUGCUGAAGACUCUGGGAAGCUACGCUACCAUCGCCUGUGUGAACAGCCCUUCUAGUGUGACUGUUUCUGGAGAUGUUUCUGCCAUUGACGAGCUGGAGCCUAUCCUGCAAGAGAAGGCAUUGUUCAACCGACGCCUCAAGAUCGAUGUGGCCUACCAUUCAGACCAUAUGAAGAAUGUCGCCGAGGCCUAUCUGGCUGCCAUCGAGUCUAUCCAGCCGGCAACUACUUCUACCGCGACCUUCUUCUCUUCCGUGACUGGUGAGAUCGCCCAGCCAUCUGAAUUGGGCCCAGCCUACUGGAUUCAGAACCUGACAUCCUCCGUCUUGUUCUCUGAUGCCCUGAGCAAGAUGUGCGAUGAUGAAGAGACCCGUCCCCACCUUCUCAUUGAAGUUGGUCCCCACUCUGCUCUGAAGGGACCUAUCCUUGAUAUCCAGAAGAGCCUGGGCUCGGCGGCGUCUAAGAUUGGCUAUGCCCCGACUGUGGUCCGUAAUGCCGACCCCAGCGAGUCCGUCAUGGAUGCUGCUGGUGCAGCUUACGUACGAGGUGCAUCACUAAAGAUCACUGAUCUCAACUUCCCUUCCAGCUAUGCUAAGAACAGGUCCUUCCUGAGAGACCUUCCUCGAUACCCGUGGCAGCACUCUACCCGUUACUGGCACGAGUCCCGUAUCGCAGACAAGCAUGUUAAGCGAGAUGGUGUCCGAAACGAUGUCCUUGGUGCACAGGCGAUGUACUCGAACGACCUGGAGCCGACAUGGCGCAACAUCGUUCGCCUCGAUGAUAUUCCAUGGCUGCGCGACCACAAGAUGCAAGGCAUGAUUGUGUACCCAAUGGCUGGUUAUUUCCGAGAGGUUUCCGUUGGAUCAGCGCUUGUUCUGACGGAUGAGUCUUACGCUGAGACUUCCAUCACUCUUCAGCCAUUUGCUGAAGGUACUCGUGGCCACUCGGAUAUCUGGGAUCAGUUCCGCAUUUUUUCGUGGUCUGAAAAGCGCGGCUGGACCGAGCACUGCUCUGGUCUAGUCCGCGUCCGCGCCAGCAAGAAACAGCAGACCUCUGUCUCCAACGUCGCCGAAUCCGAAGAGAAUUUCUUCGUCUCUCAGAUUGACAAGGUCAAGGAGUCAGCCACGUACAAGAUUGACAUUCAGAACUUGUACCAAGUUCUCGCGGACGUCGGUGCUGGCUAUGGCGCUCCAUUCCAAGGGCUGGAGAACUGCUUCUCCGAUCCUCGCCACUCAUGCGCAGACUUGUACGUCAGAGACACCAAGAGCGGAAUGCCUAAGAACUAUGAGGUUCCUCUGACAAUUCACCCGACUUUCCUGGAUGCCUUGCUACACCUUGUCUGGCCCAUUCUCGGAAAGGGCCGCAUGGAGCUUGACACUCUCUACAUGCCUACUCUGAUUAAGAGCUUGAUCGUCAGUAGUGAGAUCCCCUCCACUCCUGGAGAAUAUACCAAGGCUUGGUGUAUUGGAGGUCCCAGUCAGCCAUCGCCUGAGCCCACCAAGUUUGAUCUGUGGGUAACUCCCAUCCACUCCAACGAGGUCUUGAUCAACAUGGAGGGCUUGGUCAUGACUCCCCUCAAGGACGGUGGCUCGCUGGGCAAUAGCCAAACUCGCGAUCUGUGCUACAAAUUCGAAUGGCAGUCCCUAGCCAGCUUGGAGAGCCCAAUCAAUGUCGAGGCUAACGGCCACGCCGUGACCGCUAAUGGAGCAGUGAAUGGCCAUCUCGUACCGAACGGUGUCUCAAAUGGCCUACUCACCCCUCUUAGCCCUGACGACGCAGUCACCAUGAAUGGAAACGGCAUCCUGCAUCAAACCGAUCUUUUGAUCACCCAAUUCGGAAAGUCAGAUGGCAAUGUCGACAAACUGAAGGAUGCCAUUUCCAAGGAAAAGGCCAAGUGGCACCCGACAGUCACCUCCUUGGAAGAUAUCGAUGCUACCGAGAAACAUGUCGUCGUUCUUCAGACUGGAAACAAGACUCUGCGGGACUUGACCGCUGACGUUUUCGAGAUCAUUCAGAAGACACUGUUGAAUGCUUCCCACCUUCUUUGGGUCUACCGUCUGGAUAACCCAGAUGCCCAGAUGAUUGUCGGUUUGAUCCGCAGUAUUCGUUCCGAAACUCUUGCCAAGGUUGCUACCCUCGGUCUCGAGAUCGAGGAUCUGGAGAAGCCCACAGCUCCUAUCCUGGCUGCCAUUGAUGCUCUCUGGCCCACAAACGGAGCCAAACCCGUCGAUGACUUCGAGUUCAAGGCUAAUGGUUCUGACCUCCUGGUGCCCCGCGCCAUGGACGACACUGCCACCAACGCCUUCGUUCACAACGAGACUCACGAGAUGACCAUCGCUUCUCAGCCAUUCCAACAGCCCGGUCGACGAUUCAAGCUCCAGAUUGGUAACCUCGGUGCCCUGGAUACUCUGUAUUUCACUGAGGAUAUCGUCCCCGAGCUUCCUGACGAUGACAUCGAGAUCGAGGUCAAGGCCACCGGUCUCAACUUCAAGGAUAUCGUCGUCACCAUGGGUCAACUGGCUCAACCUUACAUCGGUAUCGAGUGCAGUGGUAUCGUGACAUCUAUCGGCAAGAACGUGACAAGCCUCCAGGUUGGCCAGCGAGUCAUGGCUCUGCCACUGGGUGCUUACUCGACCUACGCCCGUUGCCCAGCCACGAGCGCAGCUCCCAUCCCAGACAACAUGACCUUCGAAGUCGCCGCCACUGUCCCAGUCGUCUUCGCCACUGCGUACUACGCACUCUUCGAUCUGGGCAGACUGCAAGAAGAUGAGCGGGUUCUCAUCCACGCCGGUGCCGGUGGUGUCGGACAGUCAGCCAUCAUGCUGGCACAGAUGAUCGGAGCCGAGAUCUUCGUUACUGUCGGCAGCGUGGAAAAGAAGCAGUUCCUCAUGACACAAUACGGUAUUCCAGAGGACCACAUCCUCUACAGUCGCGACACUUCCUUCGCGCGUGGCAUCAAGAGAGCCACAAACGGCGAAGGUGUCGAUGUGGUGGUCAACUCGCUGGCGGGUGAUCUUCUCCGUGAGACCUGGGAGUGCCUGGCACCGUUUGGUCGCUUUGUUGAGAUCGGUAAGGCCGAUAUCACGAAGAACACUCGUCUGGAUAUGCUGCCAUUCGAAUACAAUGUCUCGUUUGCCUCGGUUGAUCUUACCAAGGUUGCGGCCCGCAAGCCUAAGCUGAUGAGACGUCUUCUUGACAAUGUCACUCAGCUUAUGGGUAAGGGUGCCGUGAAGCCUAUUUCGCCUGUGACUGCGUACCGCAUCUCGGAACUUGAGACUGCCUUCCGCACAUUGCAGACUGGUAAGGCUAUGGGUAAGAUUGUUGUUGUUCCUCACCCCGAGGAUCAGGUCAAGGUAAGUAAAUUCAACAACGAGCCGAUACGUUCGCGAUGA